CUUCACUCCACCUACAGUCUUUCAUACUUUCAUUCAUUGAGCACCGAUUGAUUCAUUUGUUGGUUUGAAACCAUAGACGAACUUAGACAUACACUUAGACAUAGAGGGUAAAAAGGAACCUUGCAUUAUGGCAUGGUAUAGCCAGACUGUCGACAUUCUUCGCGAUUCGGUUGUGAACCACAGCGCCCAACUUCCCGUGCUUGCUGCGACAGGGGCCUCGUUGACUGUGGGGCUCCUCUUGCGCUCCCUUCUCACCGAUAAGCGUCCGCAAGGUUCUGUACUUCAUUGCCCCCGAGCCAUAGUCUCGUCCUCCGCGUCGGAGGCAAAGAACGGUGAAAUUCCUCUUCCAAACGAUGUGCUCCCGGGGGCUCGUGAUGUGCCGACUCCGUAUGGAUCGAUGCGAGUGUAUGAAUGGGGUCCACUAGAUGGACCGAAGGUCUUGUUCAUCCAUGGUAUUACCACGCCGUGCAUUGCCCUAGGUGGAGUGGCGCAUGCUUUGGUAGACCAAGGAUGUCGAGUUAUGCUAUUCGACUUGUUUGGAAGAGGCUACUCGGAUUGCCCGUCCGACCUCCCUCAGGACGAUCGACUCUUUGCAACCCAAAUAUUGCUUGCUUUGAGCACAUCUUCAGUAUCAUGGACCGGAGCUGGUAGUGGUAAAUUCAGCCUAGUUGGGUACUCCUUAGGAGGAGGGAUAGCAGCAUCUUUUGCAUCGUUCUUCCCCCAGCUACUUUCUUCACUGGUUUUGCUUGCCCCGGCGGGCUUGAUACGUGACUCUCAGAUCAGCUUUCAGUCACGGCUCCUUUAUUCCCGCGGCCUUAUUCCUGAACGUGUCUUGGGAUUCCUUGUCGGCCGUCGUCUCCGUGCGGGCCCACUAACUACCCCGAAACCCAAAUCCCAAAAGAUUAACGCCGCGGAUGCAUUGACCGAGGAGCUUCCUUCGCAAGGAGGCGCUAAUACUCAACUGUUGUCUCGAGCGUACCCGCAUGUUACUGUGCCCGGAGCUGUUAAAUGGCAAGUUAACUGUCACGCUGGCUUCGUCCAUGCUUUCAUGUCCAGCAUGCAACACGGGCCGAUAUUACAGCAGCGCCAACGGGAAUCAUGGGAGCGCCUCGGUGAAUUCCUCUCUGCUCAGAGCAAACUAUCCCCCCAAGAGCAGCAGGAUAACGGCCUCCCAAGUAACAAGGUGAUUAUUAUGUGUGGCGAGCAUGACUCAGUUAUUGUCAAGGACGAACUCGUCCCAGAUGCCACUUCCGCUCUCCAGGGAAACGUGGAAUUCAAAUACUUCAAUGCGGGACACGAGUUCCCCAGUACAAAAUAUGAUGACGUAGCACACGCCUUAUUGGAAGUGUUACAUUGAUAACUGUCUUGCAGCUGGGCUAUAUGACAGGAAAACCCCGCUCUUCCUCAUGGAACCGAAGGGCCUGUCGACCUGUCCUUUGUCCUGGGUAUGUGCCCUUUGUAUCUUUCUGGGCACUGGGCU